AUGUGGCUUCUAACAGCUCUGCUCCUUUGGGUUCCAGCUGCUUGUGCGCAAACAUACACUGCCAAGUCCGUGAUCACUUUGGAGCCUCCAUGGGUCAGUGUGUUCCCAGAGGAAAAUGUAAUCUUUCGGUGUGAGGGACCCCCCCUGCCUGGGGACAGCUCUACACAGUGGUUUCUCAAUGGCACAGCCAUUGAGACCUUGGCUGCCAGCUACAGCAUCCCUGCCGCCAGUGCCAAUGAUAUUGGUGAAUACCGGUGCCAGAGAGGUGCCUCCAUGCCAAGUGACCCGGUUUACCUGGAAGUCCGCAGUGAUUGGCUACUACUUCAGGUCUCUAGCAGAGUCGUCAUUGAAGGAAAACCUCUGGCCUUGAGGUGUCUGGGAUGGAAGAAUAAGAAGGUGUCCAAUAUACUUUUCUACCACAAUAACAAGACCUUCAGAUUUUCUUCUUGGAAUUCUGAAUUCACCAUUCCGAAAACCAACCUGAGUCACAGCGGCAUCUAUCACUGCGAGGGAAACAAGCACUUCAAAUCCGCAGGAGUAUCUAUCACGGUGAAAGAGCUGUUUCCAGCCCCAGUGCUGAGAGCAUCCUCUUCGUCCCCCUUCCUGGAGGGGAAUCCAGUCAGUCUGAGCUGUGAAACAAGGGUGCCCCCACACAGCCCUCCCGUGCGGCUCUACUUCUCCUUCUACAUGGCAGACAAGAUCCUGGUGAACAGGACCACGUCUUCUGACUACCGGCUAGGAAACGCUAGCAGAGAAGAUUCCAGAUUCUACUGGUGUGAGGCUGCCACAGAAGACGGAAGUGUCAUCAAGCGCAGCCCUGAGUUGGAGCUUCAAGUGCUUGGCCUUCAGGAGUCACCAACUCUUGUCUGGUUUCAUGGUCUGUUCUAUCUGGUAAUGGCAAUAAUAUUUUUGGUGAACACUGUUUUGUGUGUGAUAAUACGUAAGAAACUGCAAAGAGGAAAUACAUGGAUUUUAGACAUUCCUUUGGACUCCGCCAACCAGGGGAAGAAGGUAACUUCUUAUUUUUGA